GUAUAGUUUGUAUUUAUUUGUGAAACAUGUCUAACAACCCAAGGGUCUUUGAUGAUCCCAGUAAGGUCAGGGGCCAUAUGGCUGCUGAAAUUAGUAAUGCUCUUCUCCGUGAGGCCAAGGCUGCAAUGGCAAUGGAAAGCUCUGCCAUUCCUCAAAAAAGAAAGAGGACUAGGAGAAAGAAAUCGGUCACAAGCAGGCGUGAGAAACGUCAGAGAGCACAAAGCCCUGCAUUGGCUUCUGAAGUUACAGGGAACCCAGUAUGUGAGGAAGUCCCUCAGAUUGAAGAUCCAGAGUUGACUGCAAGUCUUGAAACACGUCUUCAAGAGUUGAAGGGUACUCUUACCUCAGUUGAGUAUCCGGUGGCAACAGAAAAGACAGUGUGGGCACAACGACAGGUGUUUGCUGAUGUAAGAGCAAAAACAGCUAGGCCAGUGCUCCUUGAUGCCAAACUCUCAGCUGAAAGAGUCAUCGAGCACAUUUGCAACAAAUGCCAUGCUGGAGAGGCUGUCAUUAGGUGCCUGGAUUGUGUUCCACUGGACACGGAGUUUCUAUGUGGAAGCUGUGACAUAGCGGCCCACAAAAAGAAUGUGUUUCAUAACAGGAGGCAGCAUUUCAUGGCUACUUGGAGCCUAUUCCCCCUACAAAGGCUGUGGUGUUAGAUGACAAUGGCCAGCCUCACUUUUGUGAUCAG